UCACAAUCUCUGCGCUUCCAAUUCAUUCCUUCCCUCUCAUUCAUUCAUUCGCAUUCUUUUUAACGUCCCAUCACAUCAUCUUCAAUAAUCUUCUUCCUCUCCGAUCACAUCCUUUCCCACUGCAAAACCAGUCUGAAAGGAGGGAGAAAAAAGGGUUUUUUUUUUUUGUUCUUGAUCGGUGAGAGUUGAUGGAUUUGGCGUCCGGUGCAGGCGCGGCGGAUCAUAGCGUCAGCGGCGGGGGAGGGGAGGGGCAGUCGUCUGUAACGGUAAGUGUUAGCGGCGGGGUGGGGGCGGCGGGGGAGGGAGGAUCAACGGCGGCGGCUGCGCCGCCAAGCCGGUACGAGUCACAGAAGCGGCGAGACUGGAACACGUUCCUGCAGUAUCUGCGGAACCACAAGCCGCCGUUGACGCUGGCGCGGUGCAGCGGCGCGCACGUGAUCGAGUUCCUCAAGUACCUCGACCAGUUCGGGAAGACGAAGGUGCACGUGAUCGGGUGCCCGUAUUUCGGCCACCCCAACCCGCCGGCUCCAUGCGCCUGCCCGCAGAAGCAAGCCUGGGGCAGCCUCGACGCGCUCAUCGGCCGCCUUAGAGCGGCGUACGAGGAGAACGGCGGCCGCCCGGAGUCCAACCCCUUCGGCGCUAGAGCUGUGAGGAUUUACUUACGGGAGGUACGAGAAAGCCAGGCUAAGGCUAGGGGAAUACCGUACGAGAAGAAGAAGCGGAAAAGGCCCACUGCCGUCGCCGCCGCUGCUGCGGCCAGUAGUGGUGGCGUCACCGAAAUUGGAUCCGUCGGUUGUGGCGGCGGUAGCGAUACUGUCGGCAAGCCAGUUACUACAACAACAACAACAGAGUAUAGUAGUAGUACUACUUAGAUUUUACUCUAUCCGUAGUAACUAAUUAAUUAAUUUAUUUUUGAACUUCAAUUACAUAUAUUAUUAUUCUCUCUCUCCUAAUUGUGAAUUAUGAGAGGUUUAUUUAUUCUUAAUAAAACAAAAACAAAAAUCUUUCUUACUUAAA